CUGAUUAGCGAUGAACUCGAGUCGAAGUGUGAGAUUAAUGAGAGUAGUACACCGAUCGUAGCAAUGGAUCCACUCAUUGAUAAUGUGAUGACAGAAUUGGAUGCUUUGAUUGAAUUUUACAUUCAUUUGAAAGAAAUUAAUGUCAAAAAACGGAGACAACUGGCGGCCAAAAGGUGUGAAUUCAUCGCAGGUUUUAGAUGUGAAAUCAAGAUUUGUGUCGAACAGCGAGAUCUCUACCGUUUGAAUGAAUGCCUUUCCGGAGCCCAGAGAAGAUGGGGUCGUCUUCAGCCGUCAAAUAAGAUAUUAUUAGCCGUUGAGGACAAUAAG